GUAUUCGGUGAAAAGAAAAGAGUAAUAGUCAAAGUUUCUAUCUUUCUUCUCUCUCUCUGCUUCUACUGUAUCAAUCAAGCUCGGUUUUUUUGCUAGCCCACCAGUGCGCCUUUCCUAGCUAGGGUUUGUGUAUUUUGGUUGGAGGGAGGGAUCGUGGCGUCGAUGUCGUCGUCGGAUCAGGGGCCUAAGACGGAGGCGGGAGGAGGAGAGAGCUCGGAGACAGUGGCGGCGAGUGAUGAGAUGUUGAUGUAUAGAGGGUUUAAGAAGGCGAAGAAGGAGAGAGGCAGCACUGCUAAGGAGCGUAUCAGUAAAAUGCCUCCCUGCACCGCUGGCAAAAGGAGCUCCAUUUACCGCGGUGUCACCAGGCAUAGAUGGACAGGUCGUUAUGAAGCUCACCUUUGGGAUAAGACUACUUGGAACCAAAACCAGAACAAGAAGGGCAAACAAGUUUAUCUAGGAGCAUAUGAUGAUGAAGAGGCUGCUGCUAGAGCUUACGACCUUGCUGCCUUGAAAUAUUGGGGACCUGGCACUCUUAUCAAUUUUCCGGUGACAGAUUACAGCAGGGAUUUAGAAGAAAUGCAAAAUCUCUCCAGGGAAGAAUACCUUGCAUCUCUACGUAGAUAUCCCUUUGGCAGAAAAAGCAGCGGUUUUUCAAGGGGAAUAGCUAAAUAUCGUGGACUUCAAAGCCGAUGGGAUGCAUCAGCCAGCCGUAUGCCUGGACCUGAAUACUUCAGCAACAUUCACUACGGAGCAGGUGAUGAUCGAGGAACAGAAGGUGACUUUCUAGGCAACUUUUGUCUAGAAAGAAAGAUCGAUCUAACGGGAUACAUAAAGUGGUGGGGAGUCAACAAAACCCGCCAACCAGAAUCUUCAUCAUCAAAAGCAUCAGAGGAUGCAAAGGUAGAAGAUGCCGGUACCGAGCUUAAGACACUGGAACACACAUCCCAGGCGACAGAGCCGUACAAAGCGCCAAACCUUGGCGUCCUUCAGAGAAAAGAAAAACAAAUAUCAUCAUCUCCAUCCUCCACGCAGCCUUCUGCGUUAAGCAUUUUGUCUGCAUCACCUGCUUACAAGAGCCUGGAGGAGAAAGUGCUCAAGAUCCAAGAAAGCACCAGCACUAGAGAAAACGAUGAGAAUGCAAAUCGUAACAUCAUCAACAUGGAGAAGAGUCACGGAAAGGAGAUAGAAAAACCGGUCUUGAGUCACGGAGUUGCUCUAGGCGGUGGUGGUGGUGGUGUUCCUGCUGCUGCUGCUGCUGCUUUGUCUCUUCAGAAAAACAGCAGCAUGUACCCACUUACCUCUCUCUUAACUGCUCCAUUGCUCACCAACUACAAUGCCUUGGAUCCCCUCGGUGACCCUAUUCUCUGGACAUCAUUUCUUCCCCCAGGGUCCUCCCAUACUUCAGAGGUGACAAAGACAGAGACAAGCUGUUCCACAUACGGUUACCUCCCUCAAGAGAAGUGAUAGUCUUUCUGUUUGUCUGAUUCUCCUUGUCGUGAGAUGAAUUUGUCGACUUGACAUCUUUUUUUUUAUCUCUUGUGGCAAUGGUCUGAAGCAUGAGUGUAUAGGUUUUGUCAGUGUUUUGUGUGGGUUUUCUAUAUGGAAUAUAGAAUUAUAUAUAUUUUAUUUCAAACAGCAAAA